UCGUGCAACCAAAUCUGCAACGUUGGCGGUUGAUCGCACCCACAAACAGCCUCGUGUUCGUGGGCACCGGUAUACACGAUCCUUUCUCGCAUGAACAGGUCCGGUUCUUGUACAUCCUGGCAAAGAAAGGGUGUCCAAAGUCACCGGGGUUGCUAGGAUAUGCUGGGAAGUUGAGCUGCAGCAGUGCACCACUGCAAGAACACUGUUGACACGAAGUUGGAUCCAAGGUCACGAUGCUAGGUGGUUGAGAUUUCGGGGAUUAGAGAUGGCUUCCAGCUUCGAGAUGAGCACCUCUGGGAGAACGCGAGGAGGUGGUACAGAAGCUGCAGGAUUUACCACACCGAGUAGGGCCCCAGCUUCCCCGAUUUACAAUUUCAUCACAUCUCCACUUGCACAUGCACCAACGCCGGAUCGGAAUGCCUUGUACGAGCUCUCCAUUCACGAUCUCACCUACAAGGUUGUGACGAAAACGGGAAAAGGAGUAACUGGAGAGAGGAUCCUGCUCAAUAGAGUAUCAGCUAAAGCAAGUCCUAGUGAAGUGCUGGCCAUUGCCGGACCCUCUGGUUCCUCCAAGACUACCUUUCUCGACGCUCUGGCAGGGCGCAUUGACCGCCACAGCCUUCAAGGACAGAUUCUUGUCAAUGGGAUGCCCAUGACUUCGGCAUUCAAGCGCAUCUCUGGAUACGCUAUGCAGGACGAUGCUUUGCAUCCGUACUUAACAACACGAGAGACUCUCAUGUUCAGCGCGCGGCUCAGGCUUCCAGGAUCCAUGAAAUUUAAGGAUAAACGGGAGCGCGUGAAAGCCCUAAUUGAGAUGCUUGGACUCACUGCGUGUGCGGACACAAAUGUUGGAGACCAGAAGGUCAGAGGUUUGUCAGGCGGGGAGAGACGCCGAGUCUCCAUUGGAGUGGACUUAGUCCAUGACCCGGCAGUGUUAUUCCUGGAUGAGCCCACAUCAGGCCUAGACAGCUCCUCCGCUCUUCAAGUCAUGCAAAUUUUGUCUCAAAUGGCGCUGGUGCGUAAUCGAACCGUGAUAUUGACCAUCCACCAGCCUAGUCACCGCAUUCUCCAAACGAUCAACAAGUUUUUGGUGAUGGCCAAGGGUAAUGUGGUCUACAGCGGGCCAGUCUCAGGGAUGACCACAUACUUCAACUGUAUCGAGCCCGGCAUGCGAGUACAUGUGAAUGUGGUCGAAUACGCGUUAGAUGUCAUUGAAGAGGCACAAGAUUAUCCAGAUGGUCUCCAACGUCUUGUAGAAUACCAACGAAAGGCACAUGCUUUGAAGAACGGAGAGCACUUCAACUUUCAAACAGUGGCACCCGUGGUUGCAGAGAAGGACCCACAACCCAUGUUUGCAAAUUCUUUCCUCCCGGAGAUUGGCAUCCUCAUGCACCGAGAGCUGCUGUCCGUUCUUCGCACCCCGGCUAUCUUCAUCAUUCGUUUGGUGCUUGCAGUACUAUGUGGCGCCAUAUUAGGAACUCUCUUCCUUCACGCGAAGAAGGACUACAGGGGAAUCAUGCAACGCCAAGGAUUCGUAAGCUUCACACUGGCGUACAUCAUCUUCACUGCCAUCGAUUCAUUGCCCGUGUUUCUGAAGGAGAAGCAGGUCUUCAUCCGUGAGACAUCUCGAGGGGCGUACAGAACGUCAAGUUAUGUCUUAGCCAAGCCCAUCGUGAUGCUACCAUUUUUGGCUCUCUUGGCGUUGAUCUAUACAGGCAUUUCCUACUUCUUGGUGGGCAUGGUGAUGAAAAGGGACGCAAUCCUCUUAUAUAUCCUGAAUCUUUUCCUCACCUUCAACGUGGCCGAUGCUUUGGUGGUGUUUGUAGCGAGUCUAGUUCCAGACAUGUCCAUUGGACAACCCACUGUGUCAAGUAUCUGCGCCUUCUUCUACCUUUUCUCCGGAUUGUACAUUUUGAGGUCUGCUAUUCCAAAGUACUGGAUCUGGUUCCACUACCUGUCGAUAUUCAAGUAUCCAUAUGAAGCAAUUAUGCACAAUGAGUUCGCGUCGCAGAAAGGAGUGAUUUGGUACAACAACAUGGACUCGCAUAUGGUCCUUUCAAGCCUAUCGAUGGGGAAGGUUCGAAUGUGGGCUUGCGUUGUGCCAAUGAUCGUUUUCGCGGUUGUAUAUCGCUUAUUCUUUUACGUAUCUUUGAAACUGCACACAAAAAAUAUAAGAAAAUAGGAAAGUGGGGUGUUAGAAGUAGUAGUGGCAUAUUCUUAAGGUACUUGAAACGGAAAUGAUACUGUUUCCUUUACCACAAGGUCAAUAAGCUGCAGAUGUGUGAAUACCUUCUUUAGCAGCAGUGUAGAUAGACAUGUAAUACUUUCUCUCAGCAGACGGACUUUAGAGGGUGGAUACAUUUCAUAAAGCAGAAUUUGGGGACAUGUAAAGUGUGCCAUUAGCGUAGCGAGAUCAGGAAAUUCAUUUAUGAAAAGAUAUCCAAGAGCUACAGUACUCCGUACAGCACCAAGCGUCUUCAAUGCAAGACCUCGGACGUGUCAGUGAUAUUUACCAUAUUACUCCAUUGUAUGAUGGGGUGCGAAAAGAAUAAAAUGGAUCACACGUUUGUUAAGUUUUGGAUUAUACGCUACUGCUAAUAAAGGUCUUAUCAUUAAACGUGAA